UAAUAGUGAAGUGAUUCUAAAGAAAAACAUAUUAUAAUUUCUUUAUAUUAUUAAAAUAAUAUGUGUCAUCGAUCAAAGUUUCUUUUAUUGUGUUGUUCAUGUAUCAUGCCAUUUAAAAAACAGAUUUUAUUUAUUCGUAGAUGUACGUAGGUAGUUCUAAUAAUAAAGUUUUGUAAAAAGAUAAGGCAAAUGUGUAAAAGGAGCAUGGCAACCCAAAUAGCGAAUGAAGGAAUUUGAAGAAAUAGAAAGAAGUCAAGUCGCUAAUUUAUGUUAGACGGCGUCUUUAAUUUUGUAUCACAAAAUCAUAACUUUUGGUAUAAUUUCGAAGAUUAAACGGUGUCUUGGUUAAUUUAGGAUAGUUAGUACGUGUUAAAAGUAACCAAUAUGGGCGAUCAACAGUUCUUCUUGAAAUGGAACGAUUUUCAAACGAAUAUGGUCACAUCUUUUAGGCAUUUGAGGGACGAAAAAAGCUUUACAGAUGAGAACCCAUCGAAGCACCCCAUAAUAAUCCUGAAGGACGUGUCGUACCUGCACCUGCAGGCGAUCCUGGAGUUCAUGUACGCGGGCGAGGUCAACGUGAAGGGCUUGGCCGAGCCGCCACCACAGAUGCCCAGCAUUAAAAGGGAAGGCUAACCCCACAGUGAAUGAGGUUAUCUAAAGACUCUAGUGACUACUGAAACACCAAUGUAACAUACUGACUGCAACUACACUGUUCACCGUUCACUUGAAGCUCGGAGGCACUUUAUGUGACAAACACAAAAAAUUUUUUUUUGUUUUCACACAUUAUUAGUUAAUUAUGUAAACCCAAAGCAACUUAUAAUAAUUAUACCACACAAGUUUAUUCUUAUUUUUAUAUAGAUUUAUAAAAGAAUCGAUUUUUCGGGCUACAAGUUGCCUCCGGUCUUCUAAAAAGAAUCUCUUAACAAAGAUCAAGAUAAAUAUUUUACAAUUGGACAGACAAGAUCGGUCGCAUUGUGGACGCAGUAUUCACGCGUCUGAAACGAAUAAACAACACUUGUUAUAGAACAUUAUAUAAUAUAACUAUGCUGUAAACUAUCACAAUUAUUGCCUUGGUGAAUCGCAAAUCUGUGUUUUUAUUACUUUGUGUUAUUUUUCCAUGUGAAAAACACGGUUUUUCCCAAGUGUCUCGUAUACGGACGACAAAAGAAAUGUUUCUCUAAUAAUAAUUCCAAACACUCGAUUUAAUAUGAAAAUGGUGUCGAUUCUGGCAGGAUUCUCUUAACUUAAAACUAAAUUUAACAUCA